AAUUUAUUUUUAUACCCAUUCACCAAAAUCCACAAACCUAUUUUAAUUGAGGUUGUGGUUGACUUUUUGUGCCACUAGGCACUACACAAUAUCCCACUAUUAGCAGACAAAGUUAGACCAUGACACAUGCACUCACUGAACCGUUCUCCAGUAUAUUCAACUAGUUAAACAUCUGUGGAACUGUGAAAGAAGAGCAAUUAAUGUGCAAACUGAACUUUUCAAAUAUGUUUAUUUCAAGGAACCAUAGGGUACAUCAUUCUCAGUAGUAUAAAGUAACUUCCUUUCCAGAUGCACCCACAUUAGGAAUCUUUCUCAACACGAUUGAGUAGCUUAUAAAUAAUAAAUACAGUUAUUUGUCCAAUGACUCAAACCCACUCAGGUAAAACUUCACCCAGCACACAGUGAACAGAGCGGAGAAAAGAAAAGGUUCUUUCUCAAUUGUCUUCGAUUCCAGGGCCCUAUCCAGAAACACCCCCUACCCUCUGGACACUUCUGGAGAUUUGAGAGGGUUGAAUAGGUGUCUGAGUGAUGUCGGACCAAGAUUUGGCAGAGAUGGUACAGAUAGCAGUGGAGGACUUGGGCCAAGGCGACCAGACUGAUGUUUUGGACAAUCAUGAAGAUUGUGAUGAGAAGCCUGACAGGAAAAGGCCAAGGGUGGACAACAGCUCCCAAGACGCAUCUCUAAAGACCUUGUUGUACUCCAUUAGCCAGACGAUCUGCCAGCGUCUGGACAACAUGGAGGCUAAGCUGCAGAUGGUGGAGGCGACGUGCCGGGCCCUGGAGAGGAAGCUGGAUGCUGUGGUCAACAAGAACCAGGCGCCCAUCCAGGUCCCCAUGGUGGCCGGCUCCCCUCUGGGUGCCACCCAGACCUGGAAUAAAGUGCGUUGUGUUGUUCCACAGACCAAUGUGAUAGUGAGCCAAGAUCGACCGAAGGGCCAGGAGGAGCCAGUAACUCGAGGGGCAGAUUCCCUGGAGAACCUCCUCAGCAACACGGUGGGCGGGCGGAGGCAGAACACGUUCCUCGUGAAGGUGCCGGCGCCGGAGGACAGCCAGGAGGACCAGGAGAGCGGUUCAGAGGCCAGUGACUCUGUGUCCAACAGCGGCCAGACCAACAACGCCCAGAGCACCCAGAACGUCACCCUCAUCACCCUCAACUCAGAGGAUGACUACCCAGCAGGUACGUGGCUUGGCGACGAGAACAAUGCAGAGAUGCGCGUGCGCUGCCCGGUGUCGCCGGGCGACAUGCUCCACAUCAGCACCAACUGCCGCACGGCAGAGAAGAUGGCACUGACACUGCUGGACUACCUAUUCCACCGUGAGGUGCAGGCUAUCUCCAACCUGUCGGGCCAGGGCAAGCAUGGCAAAAAGCAGCUGGACCCACUCAUGAUCUAUGGCGUACGCUGUCACCUGUUCUAUAAGUUUGGCAUCACUGAGUCAGAUUGGUACCGUAUCAAGCAGAGCAUCGACUCCAAGUGUCGCACUGCAUGGAGACGUAAGCAGCGCGGCCAGAGUCUGGCAGUCAAGAGCUUCUCCAGACGUAGUGCCAACGCACCGGGAAGCUCAGAGGGUGGCGCUGUGGUGGAGGCAGCCCAGCAGACUCUACACUACACCCUGGCCAACCAGGCUGUCCAGCAGGUCCAGAUCCAUCGCAUAGGAGAGGACGGACAGGUGCAAGUGAUCCCUCAGGGACAUCUCCACAUUGCCCAGGUGCCACAGGGGGAAGAGGUGCAGAUCACACAAGACAGUGAGGGGAACCUUCAGAUCCACCAGGUGCAUGUUGGGCAGGAUGGACAGGUGCUGCGUGGGGCCCAGCUGAUAGCGGUGGCGUCAGCUGACGGGGGGGCCACAGCAGUGGAGGGCUCCCCCCUACAGGCCAGUGACAUACAGGUGCAGUAUGUCCAACUGGCCCAAGUCAACGACCACACCACUACUGUACAGGCGGCGGAGCUGACCCCAGCAAUGCAGGGUGAGAUGGAGGUGAAGGAGGGAUCCCUCCAUCUGCCAGCGGGGGAGAACGGGGAGGUGGUGCAGAUCGUCACCUCUGUGGGGACAUAAGGGCCCCCGAGGGCCUCGAGAGAGAGAUGGCCAGCACCCUACGACAGAGUUACAGAGGUGUAGGUGGAAGGGAUGGAGAAGUGGGGGUGGUCCAUAGACAAUAUACAAUUAAAUACAAUUUUGUAAAUUGUAAAUUAAAUACAAUUAAAUAAAUAAGAGAAAGUUAGAAAAUGUCAAAAGAACAACAGCAAAGAUCAAGAGAAGUGGUUUUGUUAUUUUAUAUUGACUUGGUCCAGCAACCACUCGUUCAUUGUCAACCAACAGUAUGAAAAUGUUCGUAGAGCACACAGGCUUUCAUAGCUUCUAUCAAGAACUAGUUAACUCACCUUGUUGUCAUCAGAAGAGGACCCGGAGACCUGGCCUGGGCACAGUGCAGGGGAUCAAACCCUACCCAUAAAGGAUGCUGCUCAGGCAGACCAUCACUACCUACACCUCAGCAUCAGCAUAAAAUGUUUACAUCAACUCUGGGAAAGCAUGGAGCUAUUAGAAGUUAAGCCACUCGGAUCAAUAUCCUUCUCUUGAGGGGUUACAGUAGGCUAGGCUAACCCCCUGGACUCGUACUUCACACAACCAAUACUGUGCUGUUCUCCUCUCUAGCAUCCUGCAAUCGUGUCAUGCUGCACUGCUGUGGAAAGUAAUACAAGCCUAACGGUACUUACUAAUGGUUGCGUUUUCUUUGGCUUUUUUUCUUUCUCUCUGUUUGUGCAUCAUUUCUGGAAUGGACCCUUACUUUCUUCGCCAUUUUUCCUAGCUUUUUUUCAUAUUGGUUAACCCACAUAGCUUUUGUUUGUUUGUUCCAUGUACAUAAUUGUACCACGUCUAAAUGUUUGCGGAGCUUUGGUUGGAGGUAGACAACCACGAAAUAGCAAAGAUGAUGUUCAUGACAAUGAGUUACAUGUAGAGUAGCCAGAAUUUCACUUUUUUUGUUUUUCCUGCUGUAUUUCUGUGAAGGAUACAUUCGUGUGAAUAAAAUGUUUUGUGGUUGCCACAAAUGUGUGUUUUA